GGAUGUGGACUAUUUUUGGGAAAGUGUUUAAAACCAUGCAUAAGUACCAAAUAUAACCCAAACUAUUUAUUAUAAUUUUUUUAUUUCAAGUAAUUCCUUUAAAAUUAAUUAUUUAAAAUUCCAUUUAAAAUAUCGCGCCAAAACGCGGAUACCUGUCAAACGGCCGCUGUGAUGUCACGAGUUACAAAAUAUUGUCGUAGUUGUGUCAUAAUAAUAUGAAUUCAAAAUUUUAUAAAUAUUGUGCUGUGCCGCAGUGUAAAAGUACAACUAUUAAAACACCUGAAAAACUGUUUAUUCACGUUCCACGUACAAAAACGAUGCGCAAAAAGUGGCUUCAAUUAGCCCGUCGGGAUCCGGCACUUGUAUCUACACAAAGUAAAAUGUAUUUCUGUGAGGAUCAUUUUGACUUGGCCAAUGAUAUGGAGAAUUAUCCAGAAUAUCAUUUGAUGGGCACUGUAUCCCAGAUCAGACUGAGAGCAGGUUGUGUGCCAAGAAAGUUUGCAUGUCAACCCGAUAGAAAAAGACGAACCGAAGACAUAACAACUAGACCAUUAGCAGUCAAAAGGCAAAGAUUGGAAUCAAUAGCAGAAUGUGAAAGAGAAAUAGAACAGACUCAUUCUACACAAAGUAUUUCUGUGGCUGAGGUUCAACCAGGUCCUAGCUCAGAUAUGCUUCCACCAGUAUUGUGUAGUCCAAUAACAACUGAUAAAUCAAUACAAGUGUCCCUAAGCCAUAAAUUUAGAAGUAAAAGCACACAGACUACAACAAAGUUUAGGAACAUAGCACUAUCACCAAUGAAAAACCUUAGCAAAUCUAUUUCAACCUCUCCGUUGAAACAAAAAAAUUAUAGAAUGGCACUGCCGUCCUCAUCGAGUGCUGUCAAAAUCUCCAAAAAACUGUGCUUUGGUUCUGAAGUUGAGCAGUAUGAUAGUGACGUGUCAUCAUUAUUUACACCAUCUGUGACUCAUUCAAGCUCCUCAUCAUCAUUAAUAUCUCAAGAAAUAAAGUUGUCUUCAGAAAAUAGUAGUCUAAAUGAAUAUUCAGAAAAUAGUAGUAUAAACAAACAAAUUAUUAAACAAGAAGAGGAGGAAAUUGUACAAAUGACUAUUAAAAAAGUUAAGAAAAGGCCAAGGUUCUAUAUUGGGGUACCUAAAAAUUGUUAUUAUUUAAUAAAUAUUAUAAGUAAGCACACAAAUAUUCCAGAAAAAUAUAUAUUAUUAUGUCUAAAAAAAAUUAGAUUAGAUACAAAAUUUUCAGAACUUGCAGAUGAGUUUGGUAUGUCAGUGUCUUAUGCAUGCAAGAUAUUUCUAAAAAACAUACCAAUAAUUUGUAGUGUUAUGAGUCCUUUUAUUGUAAAUUUGGAGACAAAUUCAAUCAAACAGUGUUUACCCAUGGCAUUCAGACACAAGUACCACAAUGUCAGUUGUAUCAUUGAUUGUUUGGAAAUUGAAAUCCAAAAGCCCUCAAAUGCUGUAAAUCAAGCUUUAACUUGGUCAGAUUAUAAAAAGGCAAAUACUUUAAAAUACCUAAUAUCUAGUACACCAGAUGGGUUGGUGAACUAUAUCUCACCUGGAUAUGGAGGAAGAACAAGUGAUGUGUGUGUAGUAGAGACUUGUAACUUCUUAAAUACUUUAGAAAAGGGUUCAUGUAUCCUGGCAGAUAGGGGUUUCAAGCAUAUAGAGCAGAUGGUACUCCAAGCAAGUCUUCAUUUAGUUCGACCUCCAAGUGUUAGUACUGGAUCAAAAUUAUCCAAGGAAGAAGCUCGCCAGACUAAGCAAAUUGCCAGUUUGCGAAUACAUAUUGAGAGGGUUAUACGACGCUUGAGAGAGUUUGCCAUGUUAAAACCUCAUGCUUGCAUUAAUAACUAUUUAAUAAAGAUACUAGAUGAAGUAAUUAUAAUAGCUUGUGCUUUGAUUAAUUUACAGGACUCAGUCAUUAAAUAAAGAUCUUGUUAAAUUUGACAAUAAUUGAUAUACUUAAUAGGAUAGAAAUCUAGGCAUAAGUUUUACUAUGUAAUGUGUUAACCCUUGACCCAAAAAAAGUGUUAUAAGUGUGACACGUCUACCUGUGUGUCUGCAUGUUGCACCAUACUUCCCACAUGGUUGGACCAAUUACAAUGCAGUUGUUUUGAGACAUCUGUCGGUUAGGUUAUGAUGUCUAUAUGUGUAUUUGAUAAGUGAUAACAGUAACUAUCAUUUUAAAUAUAAGAAAAGCUGUUUAAAAAUAAAACAUAGUUAAUGGAAAAUAAAACAUUUUUAUUUUACACUUUUAUUCAACAAUGGGUAGACAUACUCUUUCCAAAAUGCUGAAAGUUGAACUAAUAAAUUAUUAACAUAUUCAGAAUCCAAGUGAACACAAAUUAUAUUCACAUUUUCAUUACUUUCAAAGUUACUAUCCGCUAUACAAAAAUAACUUUUUUUCUUGUGUGACAAAAACAUUUGCAACUGCACUUGUGCAUAAUAUAUUUUUGUAGGUUGUUCUCCCUGGACAUAGUUCUUAUAAUUACUAGCACUUGUUGGGCACUUAAUUUCGAUGACAAAUUCAUCACUUAUACCAUCUGGUGAACCAGCGAUCAUCAAAUACUCUCGAGAAAUCAUUAAACCACAUUUUUCUAUUUUCACUCCAAGUUUAACCUCUACAAUUUUGCGUACAGCAUCUUCUAAUUUUCGCCCACGGCUCAUUGCAGGUGUAUCAGGAGUUUUGCCACCCAUAAUUUGGGCAAUUAAACUCCCAUCAGGGGUUUUGCAUUUACUGACGGAAUAAGCUUUUGAUGCAGUUAUGCGUCCAUAUCGCAACUCAAACCAUAAUUUAUUUUGGGAUUGAUCUCUAGUAAGUUUUUCAAUUUCCAUUAAGGUAUUUUUAGAGAUUACGGAACUGGCAUUUUCCAAAAAACUCUCACAGUCAGCAUCCUUAUAUUUCAAGCACAGUUGGUGCAUUGAACACAUUAUAACAUCAUCUUCCUGGUGGAAAUCUGGCUGGUGUUUAAAUAACUGAACAUUUUUAAUUUUUCUUUCCUUUCCCUCUUUUAAAAAUUCAGAUAACACACCAGGAUCUGGCAGGUAACUUCGUGGACUCACUUUAGAGAGCUCCUUUGAUGUUAUAAGUUUUAAUGUUGUGCCUACCUUUGCUAGACGUGACUUUUUCCAGUAGCAUUCUACUGAAGUGCAUGAGGGUUCCUCACUUCUGCGGUGGACCCACAUGAUGAAUGCCACAGCAUGUUUGCAACCUCCUUCAGAAGCAGCACAAUCAUGACACUGGGCACUCACUAUUACACCGUUUUCUUCGUCCACAACCAUAGUGGCUGAAUAUGGUUUACUACGAACUUUAUGUUCCGGGCAAAUUUUGCACUUGACAGUGCACAAUUUUGCAUCGCGACGAAGUUGGACAUAUCCUACAGCAUCGUCUCCAUAUGACUGCCUCGAGGAACUAAAAAGAAAUGAAACAAUUUGUUAAAAAUAUAAAAAGUAACCUCAAAAUCAUAUUAUUUUUACCUUAUAGGUAAUUUACCUUUUCGAAUUUAAAAAUACAUACUAUUACUAUAAUAAUGUAUCUUGAGUAUAUUACUUACAUGGAUGUCUUCACAUUUCUAAAUUCAGCAGAGCAGAAGUUACUAUUUGUUGCGAAGAAAUUAGCCACCGUAAAGCAAUCAAUUCUUGGCAAAUUUGAACUAUCUGCUUUAAUAUAUCCACUUUCCAUUAUGGGAAAACCUUUAAAAAUUAUACAAAAAGAUAAUCCGACGGAAAUCACGGUAAUAUGAUUACAGUAUUACUUUACUCUUUGAAUAUGAUCCAAAUAUCAACAAAACUGACAGCGAAAAUUCUUGUAUUGCAACUCGUGACAUCACGCAUUUUGAUUGGUGUUCAUUGUCACGUGGCUUGAGGGUGAAAUAUUUAAUUACAUUUUAUUAAAUAAAAAAAUAAUCCCUUAUUUAUUGAGGAAAAUAUUGUGUUUUUUAUUAUUUUUACUAUAGAAACUACCUUUUCGUGGUAAAAUUUUAUACUUAUUUGAGUACAGUCCACAUCCCUA